AUGGCCUCUAGUCCUCAUCAAACCCACAUCCCUCUUCCUCCUGACCCAGGUGAAAAUACCAUCACUCAUGAAGCUAACUUGUCUCCAGUUCCUAUUUAUAUUGUCACACAUGCGGGUCAGCUUCCAAGUGAAUUCUUGGAGCCAUCUCCUGAGAGGCAAUUGGUGAUUGGUUUUGACUGUGAGGGUGUUGAUCUUUGUCGUAAUGGAACUCUUUGUAUCAUGCAGCUGGCCUUUUCAGAUGCUAUAUAUUUGGUUGAUGCUAUUCAGGGUGGAGAGAUGCUUAUGAAAGCCUGCAAGCCUGCACUUGAGUCCAGUUACAUCACUAAAGUUAUUCAUGAUUGCAAACGAGAUAGUGAGGCACUGUACUUUCAAUUCGGGAUUAAGUUGCACAAUGUUGUGGAUACCCAGAUUGCUUAUUCUUUAAUUGAGGAGCAAGAAGGACGGACAAGAGUGCUAGCUGACUACAUAUCAUUUGUUGGCCUCCUUGCAGAUCCACGCUAUUGUGGUAUAUCUUAUGUCGAGAAGGAAGAAGUUCGUGUACUUCUGAGGCAGGACCCUAACUUCUGGACAUAUAGACCACUCUCUGAACUGAUGGUCCGUGCUGCUGCAGAUGAUGUCCGCUUUCUUCUUUAUAUUUAUCAUAAGAUGGUUGCGAAAUUGAAUCAACAAUCUUUAUGGUAUCUUGCUGUCCGUGGUGCAUUGUAUUGUCGAUGUUUCUGCCUAAAUGACAAUACUUUUGCAGAUUGGCCGUCUCUUCCUCCAAUCCCAGGUUUUCCGCUCUUUCCCCCAAAUAAGCAACAAUUAGUUCUUUGGUCAACACACGCGCAUGUGCAGGCACAACUUAGACAUGGUGCUGCGUCAUAG